AUGUGGUGGACAGUUUGCAGUCUGCUGAUUUGGUUCCCCUUACAAGAAGCCUCCUUGACUAAGCCUAGAGAGACCCUCAUUGUGGAUGAAGGCCAGGCCCUGGAGCUAAACUGCACAGCCUCUCCUGGCCACAACAUGUCCCUGCAAUGGCUCGCGCCCUCGGGCUUCACCAUCUUCCUGAACGAGCACUCUGCUUUAAGAAGUCCCAGAUACCAGCUACUUCAUCAUUCCUCCAACCAGCUGUCCAUCCGCCUGCUGAACGCAACCCAGCAGGAUGAAGGCGUGUACAAAUGUCUGCAGUACGGAGACUCUGUGAGGACGCAGGAAGUGAAAGUGAGCGUGCUAGCCAGCCCAUCUCAGCCGACUGUGGCAGCUUCUGUCCUCAGCACGCUGGAUGGAGAAGAGCAUGUGACGCUCACUUGCUCCACCCUGAGAAGCAAGCCCCCUCCACAGCUGACCUGGCUUCUGGAGGACCGCUUAGAGAUCUAUGGUGAAACCCACCAUGAAUUUGAAAAUGAGGGGAAGAAAUGCAACAGCACCAGUGUACUCCGAGUCCAUGCGUACAGCCGGGACACAACGGUGAAGUGUAUCAUCCGACAUGUCACUCUGCAUGGGAGAACCCUGCUAGCAUCGUUCCGGUUUGCAGAUUUGAUUCCCGAAGAAGCUUCAGUGACCCCAGAGACAAGCUCCUUCACCUCAGAAGACCCUCCGCAGCCCACCAGUCCUGAGGCAGUGAUGGAAGAUUCUAGCACGUUAGAGAAUAGCAAGGGAAAGGAAGAAGAAACCACUCAGGAUCUGCACUUAACCACAGAUGCGAAUCCUCAGUAUGAGGAGCUGGUGAAAAGGAAGAGCGGCAUCCUGCUGCUCACACUUGUGUCCUUCCUCGUCCUGGUGCUCUUCAUCAUCGUCCAGCUCUUUUUCAUGAAGCUCCGGAAAGCACAUGUGAUCUGGAAAAAAGAAAAUGAAAUUUCGGAAUACACACUGGAGAGUUACAGAUCCAGAUCGAAUAAUGAAGAAACAUCAUCCCAAGAGAAAAAAAGUCAGACUUCCCGCUCCAAGACCUACAUGAGUUACAUCACACAUUUAUACUCAGAAGCAAGAGCCAAGCAGAAAGAAAGAGCCCCACAUCCAAAGUUACAGGGUGAGCAUGCUCCUCUGCCCGAGAGUAUCGUGUAGAAAGUCUACUUUGAACAGUGACAUUGAAAGCUUGGGAGCCUCCUUUCAGGAAAGGUGCUUUUUUCUGGAACAGGUGGAAGGACCUGGGGCACACAGCAACGUGGGGUCCACCAUUCAGCAUCCAGCGUAGUCCAAUGAGGACCCAACCAUCAAGGACAAAAUAUGUGAUGACUGUAGAAGAAAGAAAACUUCUCACACCUGGCUUUGAUCCAGGCAGCUCUGUGCCCUGGCACUGGAGAUCAAGGUGCACACACCCAGUGGACAUCUUACUGUGAAGAAGACCAGUUUUCCUGGCAGCCAAGGAAACUACAUAUAAAUUUUCAAGGCCAGAAAG